AACAAUCUCAUAUUUUAUGGACAAAACAUUGGGCAAUGUUUUUACAAAUAUAGGUCGCCUUUUCACUCUCUUAAUAUUAACUCGUAAUUCUUUGUUAAUCUUGGAAUUUUAAAAUAAGUUAUCAAUAAUUAAGCUGAUGUCAUGGCAGCCAUUCUCCAGGGGGCGAUGGCCAUAGUAUAUGAAAAUAGCGUGCCAGUAAUAGAAGGAUUACAAGCAAGAUUUCUUCAACAAAGUGAUGUGUUCUUCAUGAUUUCGAAUCUUUUUGAUCCCCGAUAUGCGUUUUUAGUGUUUUCCCCCCUUUUUUUCGCUUUGGACUGGAAAGUGGGAAAGAAAAUCAUGUGGGUAACUGUGAUAUGUGAAUGGGUUAACCAGAUGCUCAAAUGGACUGUUCAUGGAGAACGACCUUAUUGGUGGAUCCACGAAACACAAGUUUACAAUCGAACGGGAAUUACAUUUCCUAACAUUCAGCAGUUUUAUAUGACAUGUGAGACUGGCCCAGGAAGCCCUUCUGGCCACUGCAUGAUGACAGCUGCUGUUUGGUAUGUGAUUUUUGAUUCAUACCUCAAAAAGUUUGGUUUCAUGAAGAAAAACAGCAAGAACUUGGUUCCCAAAAUCUGUUGGAUUGCCUACUUCCUUCUUUGCAUGACAGUCAGUGCUUCUCGCGUGUUCAUUGCAGCUCACUUUCCUCAUCAGUGUUUCAUUGGAAUGGCUGUUGGAUGCUUAGUAGCAAUGAGCCUUGACAACAUAGACCAACGACGACUGAACAUCUUCCAUUACUGCCUUAUUACGGCCGGUAUCCUGGGCAGUGCACUUUCUAUGUACGCAUUCCUUCUAGCCAUUGGUGUGAAUCCUAUGUGGUCAGUGGACAGAGCCAUCAAAUGGUGUGUCAAACGAGAAUAUGUCCUUCUAGAUACAUCGCCAUUUUUCUCAAUGAUGCGCUAUUGUGGUUUUAUGUUUGGUAUGGGUUUUGGAUUUAACAGCAACAGCUUUGAAGACAAUUCUAAGCGAAAGUUUUCAUUAGUCAUGAAAAUCGCCUGUGCCAUACUCUCUGUCGGCGUUUGCAAACUAUCAGAAAAGGUUAGCCUGAUUCCGGGCAGCAUGCUCUUGCUUCACGUUCAAGCUUUCCUUCUAAAUUCUUUUCUAUCAUAUAUAAUGGUUGCCAUCGUACCUAAUAUUGUUGCCAAAUUUUCCACCAAGAAGCUUAAGUCGCAAUAGAGUUUUGAAACUUUUCGUUCUUUAAUUAGCGAUGUAAAGUUCCUAAAAGAAGGAAGGCUUUGUUGAAAUUAUUUUAUUUUUGUUUCUUUAUUUAGUUCAUGAAUGUUAUUAUUUGUUUCGUUUUUAGUUUUUCUUUCUGUUCUAUUAUUUCUAGUGUAAGGAUGUCUAGGUGUUUUUUAAUUGUUUUUAGUCAGUUCACAUAACCAUAAACAUUACCUAAUGUGAACAGUUAUUAUUGGAAGCAACGACUAAGAAUACUGAAUAACUUGAACGUUUCGCUAAAAAAAUCAAUAUAACUUUAAACCAUAAUAUUGAUACUUUGAACUAUAAUAUUGUGUGAAGUUGCUAAAACUUUAAUAAAAUGUUAAGCUGAACCAUAUUUCCGCCUAAAUUGUACCCCACAGUAUCGUAAUUAGAUUAAAGAACUAGAUGAUAUAGUUAAUUUUGGAAUGUUUUAAGGUAGCAGUACAUUGGAUUUUCCCACUUACCAAAAUUUCUCACAGGGUAAAUUUAAAGAAUCUAACAUAACGUAUUGCAAGUGAAAAUUUACUUUUUUGUAAUGGUAAAUGAAUCGGUAACUUAUUUAAAACUCUUCAAGCUCUAAUGAUCAGAGUGGGAACUGGUGUUACUCUUAAAUUGUGUGUGCAUACAUUGAUUUUUUUUAAAUUUUAGUGUAAAAAAAGUACAUUUUAACUUUUAUUAGCAUUUUAUCUUUGAAUCAAACCCAUAAUAAUAAGACAAAAGGCCAGUUUAGUUGGUAUAUUCGGUCGUAUUUCAUAGUUCAUAUAAGAGUUGAUGGAUUUACUUUAUAUUCAAUAUCUAAAAUUUCUUAUGUUUGCUUAAGUACUUAUUGAGUAGACUUAAAAUUGUGUGAGUAUAAGCAUUCAGCAUGAGUAUAAGGAAAGUUGUUUCCGCAUCGCACAAUUAUUUACUUAUCUUUUUUUGUAUCUAUGUAAAUAUUGUACAUAUUUCUAAUUGUUUGUAAUGUAUGAAACUGUCAGUGCUAAGGUACAAUUUGUAUAAUUUGUGAGUUAUAGCUUCUUUAUGGCCUCAGGUUGUAUAAGCAACCCUAAUUUUAAAUGAAAUGGUACGCUUCUUUCAUAAAGUUAAAAUAUUUUGUGGUUUUAAAAUUUAAUAAUAGACACACACACUCAUUAAUUUCAAAAUUGUCAUGAACUACUAUAAAAUUUUCGUUUUGUGAAUAAAUUAUUUUAAUAAUGAAUCAAAAAAAGUAAGGAUUUAUAAAUUCAUCUCAAUUUUCAAGACAUUCUGAAACAUAGUUAAGGAAAAAUUUAUUUUCAUAAAUUUUUAUAAUUUUACUUCUGGUAAUGUUUGAAAUAUGUCCAGGAAAAUGUCAGAGUUUUUUAAACAAUUAGAUGAAUAUCGAUAUCAAAAUGAUUAUGAGUUUGUCAAUUGAAAGAAAAAUCAUUUUUGUAUUUGUGUAAUAUAGAGUAAAUAUUAUUUAAGCAUU